UUCCGAAGAAGACAUGUUGAUUAGAUGGCGAAAUGCUGAGAGAAGAGACACAGGGCCAAAACAAGACAAGAUUUUUCGGCAAAAUUGCCCUGAAAAUGCACGGAAUAAGGACUCAGCAUCUUGAAAGGACACGAACGUAUUAGUAACAGCACGCCAAUUUGGAUUUUUAGUGGAAGUAGACGAAACAAGUACCGUGAGAGUGGAAAAUAAGGUAACAUUUGCUAACAACGUGCUCGGACAUCGUGAGGAAUUCGUCGCUGGGGAAUGCACGCAACACACGCGAAAGUCCAUUGUUCGAAGACAUUCUAUCUUUCGCGGGUUCAUAGAAACGGAAUUGUAAAUGCCCGUGUGUCGUCAAACAGGGCGAUGUUUUCAAGAUUAAACUGUCGAAAAACUACCACCAUAUGCAAGGAAUGUCAUCCCUCAACCGGAGUGCAAACUUUGGUUCACAAUCCAGCGCCUUCUGCUCCUUCAAGAAGGGUCACGUCGACCAUGUCGCCGCGGCAACGCAUCAGCUGCGGCAGUCCGCAUCCAACAACAAUGACGUCAUAGUAACCACCAAUCCCCACACAGGGGUCUCCACAUCCACAAGCACUUUACGGACAGUCCCUUUGACAGACUCAAAUUCACAGGACCCACUGCCCUUGGAGUCGACCUCCAAGAGCAGUGGGUCUUCAUCGUCCCGAAGAACUCAGAACGUCAUUCAGGCGUCGACGGUAAGGCUGUUGGAUACGUACCAGAAAUGUGGGUUGAAACGGAAGAGCGAGGAAAAUUUGGAUAAUCAUCGUCAGUACAGCAGCACGAGGCAUGACCGACACGAGCGCCAAGAACGAACUAACCGGAAUGAUUACAAAGACAGGACGGAACGAAGCGAGAAACAUGAGAAACCGCAUACAUCUAAUCACUCAAGUAAGGCAACAACAAGUAACGCCAAUACGGCAACAAACUCGAAUAAGAAUGCGAACUCGUCGAAGAAGAGUUCGUCGGGCGGGGAAGGCGAUUAUCAGUUGGUACAGCACGAGGUGCUGUGCUCGUUAACGAACAGUUAUGAAGUUCUGGAGUUCCUGGGAAGGGGGACGUUCGGGCAGGUGGUCAAGUGCUGGAAGCGCGGGACCAACGAGAUCGUUGCCAUUAAGAUCCUCAAGAACCACCCCUCUUACGCGCGGCAGGGUCAGAUCGAGGUCAGCAUCCUGGCGCGGCUGAGCGCCGAGAACGCCGACGACUUCAACCUGGUGCGCGCCUACGAGUACUUCCAGCAUAAAAACCACACGUGCCUCGUGUUUGAACUCCUUGAGAAGAACCUCUACGACUUCCUCAAGCAGAGUAAGUUCCGCCCCCUCCCUCUGAAACACAUCCGCCCCACCCUGCAACAGGUACUGGUAGCGCUUCUCAAACUCAAGACCCUAGGAUUGAUACAUGCGGACUUGAAGCCUGAGAACAUCAUGCUGGUCGACCCCGUCCGGCAGCCAUACCGCGUUAAGGUCAUUGACUUCGGGUCGGCGAGUCACGUCUCGAAGGCAGUGUGUUCAACGUAUCUCCAAUCAAGAUAUUACAGGGCCCCGGAAAUCAUACUGGGACUCCCGUUUUGUGAAGCCAUCGAUAUGUGGUCCCUUGGAUGCGUGGUCGCGGAGCUCUUCCUCGGCUGGCCGCUCUAUCCGGGAGCCUCGGAAUACGAUCAGAUCCGUUACAUCUCCCAGACGCAAGGCUUGCCAGCUGAACAUCUGCUGAGCGCAGCGACCAAGACAACGCGCUUCUUCAAGAGGGAUAUCGAGUCCAACUUUCCACUAUGGAGAUUAAAGAACCCUGAGGAGCACGAGACAGAGACGAGUGUGAAAUCCAAGGAAGCGAGGAAGUACAUCUUUAACUGCCUGGAUGACAUCGCUGGGGUCAACCUGCCGACUGACCUGGAAGGAAGUGACUACCUGGCAGAGAAGGCUGACAGGCGAGAGUUUGUUGAACUGCUGAAGAAGAUGCUAACCAUCGAUCCGGACAAGAGGAUCACUCCUCUUGAGGCCCUCAACCAUCCCUUUGUUAGUCUGUCACAUCUCGCCGAGUAUGCUCAUUGUAGGAAUACCAAGGCAUCUGUUCGAGCCAUGGAGGUGUGCAAGCGAGGUACCCAGCUCUUCGAGAGCAACCUGCCCAGCGUCCCGGCAAGCUUUGGAGGGGUCAUGACCCCGUCGGCGGCCAGCGCAGGCAACCUCAACAUCGCUUUCAACAACCAGAUCAAUGCAGCCAUUCAGAACCAGGCACACUCGCAGACGUUAGGUACCUCGAUUCGACCCCAGGCGCCCGAGUUCCCGUUCCUUCAGUACCACCUCCAGUCCGGUCCCUACAUCCCGUACCAGCCGCCCCAGAUCGCUCAGAGGGUGUCGCAAAACACCAACCAACCCCAACCUGCAACCACACAGUACCCUAGGCCAGACCCCUUCCAACAGCCCCUGCAGGUGUACCCGGUCCGAGUGGACAAUCACGUAGCAAUGGUCAGUCAGGCCCCUCAACCCCAGAGUUUACAGAUUCAACCCCAACUAUUCACCCAGAGUUCAUCAUUAAGUUCGAGACACACGACCACAGUGGUGGCCCCCAUAGGGCAGAGAGGGCACGGAGGCAACCACUCAAUCCAGCACGUCGCGUUACCGAUGGCUGUGGGCAGCUCAGGAACGCAGCAGGGAUGGCCGCCCAGGCCAGCAGCCCAGGGACAGACAGUUUUCUUACCGAAUGGGCCAGUCCAAUCAUGGCCGCCCAACGGAGGGCAGGUAUUCCUCUCACCAUGGCAACAAGGGGCAGCAGCAGUGACACAGCAGCCAGUCAUUCCGGAGGCACAAACCUUGACUGAGACUUGGAGACGGCAGUAUGUUUCUGCAGCCCCAGUAUCGUGGCGUAGCUCUGACGAAUCGGGCUUCAUCACGACCGAACCCAGCCCCGCCCUCUUCCAUAUGGACGUUGGGGAAGGCACCUUCUACGAUCACGGCAUUGAGAGAGCCCAGUUUCCGGCGGGGCACCACUUCCACCCGAUGAUUCCCGUUACGCCCCAGCACUCUCUGCAGCACUCCCAGACGUGGGGGACCACCAGCAACCUGCCCCAUGCAUCGGCAGCCACCAACAGGGGUGUCUCACAGCACAGGCUGGCCAGGAAACAAGGAGAUAAGAAGACGCACACGGCAUUCAGCAGUAGUCUCUCACCGCAGAAGAUCAAGCGCAUCAAAGGGAACACGCCCCCUAUGUUACAUGCCUCUGAGUCCCGCCCUCAGGGCCGACGGAUGCUCAACACCACCGCCUCCACCACCACCGCUUCGGAGCUGCGUCUUAGCCCCGCCCUGAAGCAGGAGCGGGACCAGGACCCCAAAGGAGAAGGGGGUUUGACCAGCGGCGGGAGAGGAGGGGGGCAGACGUCGUCCUACGCCAACAAGCGGGAACCCAUCGUGAUCCCGGACUCACCGAGCCCAACGCCGAGUGUCAUCACCAUCAGUAGCGAUAGUGAAGAUGAGGUGGUUCGGCCAGCAAAGGGGUGUGAAGAUAAGGGCUGUACAGCAUGCAACGACAACAGCAUCACGCACAGUUGCUCACUAAGCAGCUCCAACAGUAUCCUGAGUGCGAGUCCUGAUGGCCACGCCCGCCACAACAUUGCCUCAUCCCCCGGUUCCUCCUGCUCCUCCCUGAGUCCCUCCCCAAUCACCAAGACAGGCGGGGACGUCGUCAAGGGUAACAGGCCCAACGUGGUGAGCUGCGUGACCAUCCCUGACAGCCCUAACCCCAGCCCGGACACCAGGACGUCGCGGAAGGGUGGCCCUCGAGGAGACGCGGAGAAGCAGAGUGUGACCAAGAGUGGGGCGGGAAAGAAAAGGUCGUUCAGUGAUGUUAAAGAUAAUACGGUGAAGGUUGUCAAUGAGGUUGCUCGGGGGAGUGGGGUUCGAAGAGGUGUUGAUAGGAUUAAAGAAGAGAUUGAUGUUGAUGAUUUUGGGGGACAGGGUAGUGAGACAGCGAGCGGGCUGGUUGGUAAAGCCAGUGAGUUGAGACUGAAGAAAGAGAGGCCAUUGCAUAAUCGGUCAGACUCUUCAAUCGCCUUUGUCAAUCUUCCGUUAUUACAAACGGAAAGGGCUGGAGGCUCAAACGUGGAGACGCCGUCGAUACCACCACAACCGUCAUCAACGGCUGCGAAUAACAAUAACAACUCGAGUAGUAGCAUGUUACCAUCCCUCCCCAUUUACAACAACAGCAACUUGUCAACGUCGGUACUAGCAUCGAGAGAUGCAUCAAGGAAACGUUCAAAUCGGACAGAUCAACCUCAAACCCAAAGAACAAGCAACCAGGUACCCCACUCACAGCUAGGGUUGGUCCAAGAGAGACAGCUGCAUGUAGCACCCAGUGCAGCACUCUCCAGAACGACCGCUGCUCAUCUUGGUAGCCCUUCCCACAAGCCAAAGGCACCCCCACACCACCUGCAGUCGACGUCGCAACUGGUGAGUUACUCCUACGGGAGUACGCCCAUCAGUUCUCCAGGAGGGGCGUUGCCGACCUUGGCGCCGCAUCAGAUCCACUACCGCCCUGCCAACAUUCCAGGCCCCCUCCCGCCGCAGGUGUUGCAUUCGCCCACGGUCCCGCCCCAAGUCUACCACCCCUCGCCCAUCCCAGGCCCACCCCAGCACCAAUACCACCACCACCCUCCCUACAACAGACCUCUCUACGUCCGGUCUCCGUCUGGUAACAUAUACAGUACGUACCCGUUGAGUCCGACAAGGGCGAGACCCUACCAGUACGUCUACCAAGGUGAUUGACUUCUGCUGGUGCAAGACAAGCUCUCCCAGCUGCAUCUCUGAGACUCGGGAUGGGAUGGCAACCAUCUCAAUGAUUGGCCUUUUCUAGACUCGGGAUGGGUCGGGGUGGUGUCUGCAGGGAAUGUCGACACUUCAUCUCUGGCAAAUAACUUCAAUACAACCAACCCAAUGGAAUAAGAACAAUGGAACCAAUCAGGGAAUUGUCAACACUGGUGACACAAUUUGCUAUAUAUGGGGCCAGGGAAUGAAAUUGAUUUGAUUUAUUAUGUCUCACAGUCUCAGUCAACUGUACCUACAAGAACGAAAGUAAUGGAAGUGAUUUUAUUCAGUGAUUUGUUUGAAAUUGUUAGCAAACUCAAUUGCAACCAUCUGUUUCAUGAAAUGGAUUUCGCUCUGUUUUAAAUUAACUUUGAAUUGUGAAAAUGGGCAGGCUUUUUCAGACCUCAUUAUUAAAGCAUAGACUGGAUUUGUAAUGUGUUGACAACUAGGGGGAUUCCCCAAGAAUAUAGCUAGGGGAAUUCCCUUUUGUAAACAUGUAAUGUGGAACUCAGUCUCAUAUUUGCUGUCUAGAUUUCAGUCAGAAUGAAAUCAUAUAUAGUGAAAACAGCAAAUCUUCCAAUAUUAAACACUGUUUAUUAUUAAAUUAUAAUGUAUUCAGAAUAUAUAAUGAGCAAUCACAAAGUAAUGUAAAUGAAAUAAAGAGGUACAUUUUAUAUUAAAUCAAAACAAUAUGUCCGGAAUCAGAACUUGGCUAAUAGCAUAGCUAAUUUCAUGUAGCUUCGUUUUAAUUAAAUGGUUGGCGUAGUCCAAUAUGUAGUAUGUACAAUUUCAAUAAUAUUUUAAUUCUUGAGUACCAUCAAGACCAGUAUAAUAGUGUUGAUAAGCCAGAUGCAUCGUGUAUGGGGAUCAAUAAACAGUUUUGUCUUCAUAUAAUUCAGGGGUUAUCCUGAUAUUUACAAUACGCUGAAAUGUCUUGUUCAACCCUUCAGUUUCAUUUUACCCGUGUCGUAGCGCGAGAAUCAAUUUUCUGUAGCGUCCCCGUUUUAAUUCAUGCAUAGUUGCCAAUUUGAUCGUGUUUAGGAGACCCCGUCCUCGUGUCAAAAGAAACCCCCCAAAAGAGUUUGCAGAGUGCAGCUGGUGGGCCCAUCGCUUGUCUUGCCCAUAUCGUUAUUUUUAAUUUUCCCUGAAAAAAAAUUCAGGGCCUUGUUUUAGUAGUUUUCAGAGAGAGCUCUUAUUUAGAUCGCCGCUACCAGUCUAAAGCCUCUAUGUUUUUUCAUCAGUAUUUGAGGCAUUAUUGCGCACUAGCGCUUUUUAUUCUCUUCUUUAGCAUGCACGCUCUUUUUUCAUUAAUGUUUUUACGGAUUCGAGCUUUUAACCUUCUUAUAUCUUCCCCUUCGUACACGAUACCGUUGUUAAAUUUAGACCUCGUUCUUCUUCUUGUUAACACGUUGGUCCCCGUAGCGUUAUUUCUUUACUUACGCCCUGUCUUUGUAUAAAAAAGUUCACGUUUUGCAAUAUAUAUUUUUUGCCUUUUAACAUAUACCUCAUCGCCUGUAUAUAAAAUGAUAGUGACAUAUUUUUUCCUCCCAAUUUGUAUUUGAGAAGCUUUAAAAGCAUGUAUUUACGGGCAAAAAUCCUUUCCUGCUUUUAUUAUUCUGUUCUUUCAUAGUUGAGAUGUGUUUUGUUUUUUAGCGGUAAAGACUUAUGACUUAUGAAAACGGAAGGAGGUUAAGUCUUCUGUGAGAUGAGGGGCGCGGAAUUUACGGAAAAUGUUUGAUUAAAUGUCUUAGAUAUCCAUUCUUAACUAGAAAUACAGACUAAUUGAGCUAGCACGAGAUAGAAAUCACUACAAUGAAUUUUCUGAAUGGCGUAAUUUUCAUAUAACUGUUUAAUUCGCUCCUCGACUUUGAGGACUUAGGCGAAUAGUUGUGUUCUUUCUGACGAAAGUCACGAAAAGUAAGUUCUUUAGAGAAGAUUAACGUUGAUAUAUUUGAAUUUUAACAGGUGCUACAUAGUUUUAAACAUAAAUUAAUUGUGGUAUUUUCUGUCUUCACGUUCAUAUAGCAUUAUCCAAAUUUUACUUCAAGUUGUAUACUAGUUCACAUGAGCAUUUGAUGUCAGGUUUGGCGCGAGUAAUCGUUGUCUUAUACUCGAUGUGUGUAGCGUUUUGGAUAUUGGACAAAUACUUGACAUUUUUAAUAAGAAGUAUUUGAUAUUUUAGAUAAUCCGAGUAUUUUUGUAAUUUGUGGCAUAGAUGUGAUUUAGUGGGCAUUUGAAGGCAAGUUUUGGAAUUGUUCUUUUUGUAUCAUUCUUCUGUGGAUUUGUAGAAUUGAGUGUUUUCAUUCAGACUGUCAUUUAGACGAUACGAUACCAAAAGAGUUUUUUUUUCUUCUUCAUAUUCUCAUAUAUGUCCAUGUCUGUUGAGAUGUAUGCAAAAUGCAUUACAUAAGAAUUUGUAGGUUACCAAAUUUUUCAUCUUGGAAUUGUGUUUCUCAAAGUUUUGUGAUUUAUGGAUGGUAUAACUUUCGAUGGAUUUUGUGUGAAUUUGAUGGAAUUUGUGGAACUAAAUUGAAACAUUUUGUGAAUAAAAUUUGUACAUUUUGUGAACGAUGAAGUUUGUAAACAUAGAGAAUAACUAUUUUUGCUAGAGAAUUUGGAGAAAAGGACAAUUUUUGAGGUAAACCUUAUUUGAGAUAUUGCACAUUUUAUGGGGAUCAUCUUGCUGUAUGUUCGUAGUUGAAGCAUUAUUGAAUUUUGCAUUUGUUCAGUAGAAGUUUUAAAAAGUAUAGGCCUUUGUUCCGUGUGAUUUUCAAGCAUGUGUUCCGUCUUUCUUGAAAGAUUUGUCCUAGAGUUAGCGGAUUUUUUGCCCUGUGAAAUUACAUUUGAGUUGAGCUCAAAUAUUUAUUCUUGUUUCAAAUCUUGUUACACUGCUCACGAAGACAGUUAUAACUUUUUGUAUAAACCAAGAAGUCUUCUAUUUUCUAUAUUCUAUGCUACUUGCAACAUAUCACAUAUUUAUUCAUAUAUUUGAAUAAUUGUUUUUGUUAUAACUAAGGAAAUAUGAUUAAUUUCAAGUUAUUAACAUUUUAAUUAAUUGCAAGUUUUUAAGUUGAAUUGGAUUUCUCUCCGUGCGUUUCAAGAAUUGUUGUCUUUAUAUACAACAGAGAAAGAAAGGCGGUCAAAAUCUUUAAAUAACUUUCUUUUCUUGCCCCUUCUUGUGAAUAAAAUUAUAAAUUGUACCUUUCUUCUCUUACUUUUCCUAUGAAGAAGAUAACUCUGUAAAUUAAUUUUUUUCUUCCCCUGCCUGUGAAUAGAAUAAUUCUGUAAAAUAAAUUCUGUAAAAUAAAUUUCCUUCCUGAACUUGUGAAUAGAAUUACGAUUGUAAAUGAAACUUAAAUUAUCAACUAAUUCGUCCUGUACAUAAAAAAGGAACUUUUGACCAUUUUUUGAUCUUCUUCAUCGUUCGUCCACCUGAAAUAAUUAGGAUAUUGACCCUCUUAUGAUCAUUCCAAAGGAACCAGUUCUCGAACUGGUAUUGUAAAUAAGAAUAGCGUCAGAGACUGACCAUAGAUGCUUUGAAAAGUCGUAUUUGUAGUUAUUUUGUGUUCGAUUUGAAAUGAUUUGAUUGUAUUUAACGCUUAGCAGAUUUCAUGUUUUUCAUAGUCUGAUUUACUCUAGGUUAAUGUUCAAUGGUAUCGCGUAGUAUGUAGUUCUUUUAUGAAUUUGAGCUUGUAUCUUUCUUAUAAUCAUGGACUGAUGUCUCGUAUAUAUAUUUUUUUCUUUUCUCUAUCCAGAUUUACCGAAACUUUGCCUGUAUUAUAUUCAUUCGUGUCGAUAGUUGUUUUUGAGGUGCUAAAUCUAUGAAAAAUGUUAACUAUUAUCAGAACUGCGUUUUCAGUAACUUGUUUAUUAAUGUGUGCCUGAAAUUGUGUAUCGUGUGAAGGGGUUAGAGCGAGGAGGUACGCACAUUAGAUGGUUAUUCGAAAAAUGUCAUUACGUCGCACAUCAGCGAGGCGUCUGUCAGUACAAGUAUAUAUAUAGAUAUAUAAAUAUAUAUAUAUUUGCAUAUAUGCAAAUUUUUAGCAUGAGGAUAUCAUGUAGCGGAAUUGUUCUUUUUCUAGCGAUUGAGAGUUUAGUCUUGACAGAGAGCUGUUCAGUUUCAUUGAAGUUAGUGUUGUACUCUGUAUUUUAUCUCUGUCAUUUCAAUAUAAGUGCAUUUUUGCCACUUUUACGUGCCGGUUUUGUUUUAGGAAAAUAUAUAUAUAUUUUUUUUGUGUUCUUGAUUUGGGGUAUGAUUAGCAAAGGCAUAUUAAUUAGGCUGUGUUUUUUAGUCGAGAUUUUAUUGGUGUUUUGUAGAAAUUUAGCGUUGAUUGCAUAUGACAGUUUCAGUGAGACGUUUCGUUUCGUGAAUAUAUAAAUAUAUAUAUAUAUAUGAUGUGUAGUGAUGUUUGAGACACUAAUAUAGGCUUCCAAGUUGAUACAACAUUUCUAGCAAUGGCACGAUCGAUUUUGUGCUGGGCUAAAAUUACCUUGACUGGUGCGUGUACAAUUUUCGAAAUGAAUUUCUUGAUAAUUUUCAAAGAAAAUGCUAUUUUCCCUUUUGUAAUCCACAAAAAGGGUCCAUUGAAGUGAAAGGAUGUUAUUUUAAACCGAGAGUUGUGAAUCAAUGAAUAUUGAUGAAUUUUGGGGUAUUUGUAGUUGUUAUCCAAAAAUAUCCAAGAAUGUACCGUAUGUGUAGACUAUGUUUGGAGUUUUUAAGGUUAUGAUGGUUAAAAAAUACUGGACAGCUUGAUCAAGUAAAUUGGUUAUGACUUGUCAUUGUCCGUUUGAUAAAAAGGGACUUAAGACCUUUUUACACAUAUUGGUGUAACCAUCCAAGUUUA